AUGGGAAACUAUACUUUUAUAUAUUUUUUUUUCAUAAUUGUUUUUUUUUUCACCCCUGAACUUUUUAAAUGUUCAAUAUGGGAGGGUGUAAGUGAUGAUUUUGCAAAAAAAGUAAAUCAUUUAACCCAUGAGAUGGAAUUACAAAUAUAUAGUCAGCAUACACAAUAUUGUGUUGCAUUAUUUUGUAAUCAUAAUGAAAUAAAAUGUAAAGAUGUAUAUAAAGAAUUUGUUAGCGCUGCAAAUGCAAUCGAUAAAGGGGAUGUGGUUUUUGUUUAUAUCGAUACUGUAAAAUUAGCAAAAACUGCUGAUAAUUUUGAAAUUAAAAAUGUGCCUAAAAUAUUAAUUUUUCGAGAUUAUGAUCCUGAAAAAGGAUAUACAUUUCAUAAAAAAUAUACAAAAGAAAAUAUAAUUGAAUGGUUAAAUACACUUCCUAUGCCAUCAGUAGAGGUUAUGGAUCUUGGAGAUGUCAAUAAAUAUGUAGAAAUUAACAAGAAAAAGGGAUUUGCAUCUAUUAUUGCAUAUUGUACUAAAGGAUCAAAAAAUUGUGAUAAAUUUGUUCAUUUUGGUGAAACAAAUAAAAUACCAAAUUUAGCAAUCGGGCUAACAUAUAUAGAUAAUAAUGAAGAACCUCGAGUUGAAAUUUUAAAUGGACCAGGUUCUACAAUACCAAAUGAUUCUAUUAAAUAUAAAGAUAUUUAUAAACCUACAAAUAAUAUAUGGACAUCUGAUUCUAUUUGGAAUUUUACUAAUAGUUACAUGAAUCAAUUUCCUAUUAUCAUUAAUUAUACUAGAAAAUUAAUGCAUCCAAUAAAAGAUGAAAUAUAUCUUUAUCUUUACAACGAAUUUGGUGAAUAUUCAGAUAGUACUUAUGUUGAAGUUUAUGGAGUUAUUCAAAAGUAUAACAAGAUAAAAUUUGUCUUCCCAAGGAAAGAAGAAUUCAGUGAAAUGUUUGCACUUGAAGAAACAAACAAAUAUAUUUGUAUAAUGGAUUAUACUGAUGCAAAUAUUGAUAGUGCUUAUGUAUUAUUAAGGCCUCGUAAAUUUGUACAAAAAGUUGAAAAUAUAAAAUCAGAAAUAGUAGAAAAUUUUAUCGAAAAUUUUUAUAAUAAUAAACUUACUCAAUUUCGAAAAUCUGAAAAAGAAGUUAAAAGAUUACAUAAACAAAAUUAUCAAAUAUUAUGUUCAAAUAAUUUUGAAUCUUAUGUUUUAGAUCCAAAUAAAUUAGUUUUAGUAUUUUAUCAUCUUCAUGGUUGUAAAGAAUGUAAACCUUUGUUCUCUUUUUGGGAAAAAGUUUCUAAUUAUUUUCAUUUAGAAUAUCCAAAAGAAGAUAUUUUAGUUGCAGCUAUGGAUGCAAAAUUAAAUGACAUGAUUGACACAUCUAUUAAGAUAUACCCUAGUAUUGGAAUUUAUCCAAAAGGAGUAGACAAAAUAAAGAGAAGAACACACAUCAUGUUUCCCACCAAAUUAGAAACAUUAAUUGAUGUGACUGAAGAAAUAUUAGAAGGAGAAGAAAAUUCUGAUUUAUAA